CUAUGUCCAGCCCUAAGCAAGUCAGCACAGCUCAAAGCCUCAUAUACAAGAGCUAGCUAGAAGCGAUCGUACUAGCACUAGCACUAAGCUUGAUGGAGCAGGUGACGAGGCUAGCGGGGCAGCGGGCGGUGGUGAUCUUCGGUAUGAGCUCCUGCUGCAUGUGCCACACCGUGACGAGCCUCCUCCGGGAUCUCGGGGCGAACCCGAUGAUGGUGGAACUGGACGAGGACCCUAGGGGGAAGGAGAUGGAGAAGGCACUGGUGAGACUCAUUGGCCGGAACCCUGCCGUGCCGGCGGUGUUCAUCGGCGGCAGGCUCGCCGGAUGCACCGACAAGGUCAUGUCCCUUCACCUCAGCGGCAAGCUUGUCCCACUGCUUCGUAAUGCAGGUGCUGUCUGGGUGUAGCUCACGGGAGGGCUUUGUAGAUAUUCGGCCGCUUGCAGCUGACACGGGAGAAUAAUAUACACGCAGCACGUAUGUUCCGUGUUCCUGUUAUCUUGUAUAUCACGUGAUAACGAAGACUAAGGCAAACCAUGCAAGUCGACGUGUCCGGUCAAGGUGUUACACAAUGUAAUAACUAGUUUCCGGUCCUGCAGACAACAAAGACAUGUAAAAUAUCAUGCAAAGUUUCUGAAAUAGCAAGGACACAAGAAUAAUGAAACUUGAGGUUCAGUCGUA